UCUGAGCCAGCCCUUUUCCCUCCAUCAUCCAAGCCGCAUCCAGGCAUCUUCUGAGAAGGAGCCAGCUCCAGACGCUGGUGCUGAGCCCACGCCCACAGACAGUGACCCUGCUUACAGUUCCAAGGUACUGCUGCUCUCUUCCCCGGGGUUGGAGGAAUUGUAUCGUUGUUGCAUGCUCUUCGUGGAUGACAUGGCUGAGCCAAGGGAGACGCCAGAACAUCCUCUGAAGCAAAUUAAAUUUUUGCUGGGCCAGAAAGAAGAGGAGGUAGUGUUGGUGGGGGGCGAGUGGUCUCCUUCUCUGGACGGCCUCGACCCCAAGGGCGACCCGCAGGUGCUCGUCCGCACCGCCAUCCGCUGCGCGCAAGCCCAGACCGGCAUCGACUUGAGUGCUUGCACCAAGUGGUGGCGCUUUGCUGAGUUUCAGUACCUGCAGCUGGGAUCCCCGAGGCGGCUCCAGACCGUGGUGGUGUACCUGCCGGACAUCUGGACCAUCAUGCCUACUUUGGAAGAGUGGGAGGCCCUGUGCCAGCAGAAAGCUGCAGAGGCAGCUCCCCCACCCCAGGAGGUGCCAGUGGAAACAGAGCCUACAGAACAGGCAGCUGAUGCAUCAGAGCAGGCAGCAGACACCUCUAAACAGAAUGCAGAGAAUCCGGAGGUCACUGCACAGCAGGAAAUGGACACCGAUCUCCCAGAGGCCCCUCCACCCCCUCUAGAACCUGCUGUCAUGGCACGCCCCAGCUGUGUAAACCUGUCCAUCCAUAGUAUCGUGGAGGACCGGAGGCCAAAAGAAAGGAUCUCUUUUGAGGUGAUGGUGUUGGCUGAGCUGUUUCUGGAGAUGCUGCAGAGGGAUUUUGGCUAUAGGAUUUAUAAGAUGCUGCUGAGCCUUCCUGAAAAGGUCGUGGCCGCACCUGAACCUGAGAAGGAGGAGGCAGCCAAGGAGGAAGAAGCGGUCAAGGAGGAGGCCAAGGAGUCCAAGGAUGAGGUACAGAGUGAGGGCACAGCUGCCGAGUCAGAUGCCCCGCCGAAGGAAGACGGGCUUUUGCCCAAACCCCCAUCUUCUGGGGGGGAGGAAGAAGAGAAACCCCGGGGCGAGGUGUCCGAGGACCUCUGUGAGAUGGCCCUGGACCCAGAACUGCUGCUCCUGAGGGACGAUGGGGAGGAGGAGUUCGGAGCCAAGCUGGAGGAUUCCGAGGUCCGGUCGGUUGCCUCGAAUCAGUCAGAGAUGGAGUUCUCAUCCCUUCAGGACAUGCCCAAGGAGCUGGAUCCCUCUCCUGUGCUCCCUCUGGACUGUCUUCUUGCUUUUGUCUUCUUUGAUGCCAACUGGUGUGGCUACUUGCAUCGGCGAGACUUGGAGAGGAUCCUGCUUACCCUUGGGCUCCGGCUCAGCGCAGAGCAGGCCAAACAGCUGGUCAGCAGGGUGGUGGCCCAGAACAUCUGCCAGUAUCGGAGCCUUCAGUACAGCCGCCCGGAGGGCCCGGACGGGGGGCUCCCUGAGGAGGUGCUCUUCGGUGCGUACUGUGCUCUGCGGCCUUCUGGGGACGGCGGAGCAGGCUGCUUUCUCCCGGGACAGUCCCUGAGUCUUUUCACGGCCCUUCUAGGAAACCUGGACCUGCUACCUCCUCCUGGGAAGAGUGCCAAGCCGGGCGCUGCCCCUGUGGAGCACAAGGGCCUGGUGUCCCACAACGGCAGCCUCAUCAACGUGGGGAACCUGCUGCAGCGUGCGGAGCAGCAGGACAGCGGGCGGCUCUACCUGGAGAACAAGAUUCACACGCUGGAGCUGAAGCUGGAGGAGAGCCAUAACCGCUUCUCAGCCACGGAAGUGACGAAUAAGACGCUGGCCGCAGAGAUGCAGGAGCUGAGAACCCGGCUGGCUGAGGCUGAGGAGACGGCCCGGACGGCGGAGCGACAGAAGCACCAGCUUCAGCGGCUGCUACAGGAGUUCCGAAGGCGCCUGACACCCCUGCAGCUUGAGGUGCAGCGGAUGGUUGAAAAGGCAGACAGCUGGGUAGAGAAGGAGGAGCCAGCACCUAGCAACUGAGGGGCCUGGUGCAGGAGCUGCCAUCCUGUGAGGUCAGCGAUGGAGCCUGCUGAAGUUAGAGCCCUUUUGGUUCUAGAAAGAAGCUGGAGCAGGACCUGGGAGCCAUAGGCAGGGGUGGCUGACCCCUGCGCUCGGCCUCUGUAGAGGAGCUCAGGCCGUCAGGGUGGGGUCUGUCUGUGCCGUGUGGGACGGAUGAGUGAGGAAGCCGGUUCCACUUGCAACUAAAUCCAACAUCUUCUGCACCCCUCGAAUGUCAUUUUGCCCUCUACCUUGGGAUUCCUCCUGGGGCCCUUUCGUCUUGUGCUUUCUCCUGUCCUUUUCCAGUUUAGAAUAAGACGGGAGGAAAAGGCUUUUUGAGUCUGUCGUAAGGUCUGAUGCCAAUAAACUGAAGAAACAGACGCGGAAGCUGGCUGGGGGUAAGAGCCCCUUCCUCCGGAUGGCACAAAUCCUGCCAGGUUACAGGAGCAGGUUCUGGGGGGAAGGGUCUCCCGCGGCCAUCGCAGGAACAGAGUCAGUCAGUCAGUCAGUGCUAGCGAGAGUUUAGCGUUGGGCAGUGUUUGCCAGUGAACACUGUGUUCCAGCCACCCCAGACUUGCCAGAAGAAACCAGCACCUCUUUUCCCUGGCUCCCCGUGUUCAGAAUGUGGUAUUGGCUCUGGCCCAGCCUUUUCCCUGUUCCCCAUAAGUCUCGCCUCUUUCCAUAAUCCGUGGUUUCAGUUUGACUUUGUAUAUAAAGUGUUCUGUUUUUUUUUUUUUUUUUUUUUUUUUUUUUUGGCUUUUUGUUUUUUAAAUAAACCAAAGUCAAAA